GUAUACUUCAGUAUCUACACGACAUCUUUAUACUUCAGUAGUCUUGAACCGAACAAGUAACAUCAACUUGUUUUGACCAUUGACGAAACAUUCAUAUCAUAUUCUAACAAUUGUCGAAAAAUAUAACAAAUACAAACAGAUAAGUUAGAUAUAUUUUGUUUAGCUAUCAUUACGGAAAAAAAGGCAAAAUGUUACUUGUAGGGUUAAUAACUGCUCUUGUCGUUGCUCUGUGUUCUGUAUAUAUGUAUUAUAAGUUUGUGGUGUUUACUUUCUGGCGCAAGAAAGGUGUAUUUUAUAUCGAACCUGUUGUACCAGUUGGCAACGUGGCUUCUUUAGUGAUUGGGAAAGUAUCAGUAGGUGAAUUCUUUAGCAACGCUUACUUGAAAUAUAAGGACCAUCGAGCUUUCGGAAUGUAUACAUUUUUCAAGCCGAACCUUGUGAUUGCCGAUCUCGAUCUUGUUCGAACAGUGCUGACCAAAGAAUUUGGCAGUUUCCACGAUCGCGGCUGGUACUGUAACGAAAAAACGGAUCCGUUAUCCGGCACGUUGUUUUUAUUGCCCGGAAAAAAAUGGAGAAAUUUACGUGUCAAGAUGACACCUACAUUUACUUCGGGAAAACUCAAGCAAAUGUUUGGAGUCCUGAAAGAUUGCGGCGAAGAACUCGCGACAUCUUUAGAAAAAGUAGCCAAAACGGAAACAUGCAUCGAAGUAAAAGAAAUAUUUGCAAGAUAUACAACUGACACAAUUAUGUCAGCUGCUUUCGGAAUCAAAUCGAACUGCAUGGAAAAACCGGAUAAUGAAGUUCGGCAUUGGGGAAGAAAAUUCUUUGAAAUGAGUUCUUUUUGGAAUGCGAUUUUUGCGUUUGUACCUGAACUUGCCGAAUUCUUUUCCAUUCCUUUUAUUGAUAGAGGUACCUCAAAGUUUUUUAUUAAUAUGUUUCGGGAUACUGUGCAGUACAGACAAACUCACAAUGUUGUCAGACACGAUUUUAUGAACCUACUUAUACAGCUUAUAGAAAAUGGUUAUGUUGAGCCUGACGAGGAAGUAAAUGCUACCGACACCUCUCCGAGUACGAGUAAGAUUUCUAUGUUGGAAGCGGCUGCGCAAGCAUUCGUCUUUUUCCUAGCUGGCUUCGAAACUUCCUCGACCACUAUGACGUUCUGUUUGUACGAAUUAGCGCUACAUCAAGAUUUACAAAAUAAGCUUCGUCAAGAAAUUGAUGAAGUACUGAAAAAACACGGCGAAGUAACUUACAAUGCUGUGAACGAUAUGACCUAUCUUCAUAAGGUAGUAAAUGAAACUCUUAGGAAAUAUCCACCUCUGCCAAUGCUGAAUCGCAUCUGCACCAAAGCUUUAGACCUUCCAACAACAAAGAUUCACGUACCAGAAGGAACUUUAAUUACUAUACCAGUUCUCGGUAUACAGCGAGAUCCGGCGAUAUAUCCGGAUCCUGAUAAGUUUGAUCCCGAAAGAUUUAACGAAGACCAAAUAGCGGCUAGGCAUCCAUACGCUUUCUUGCCAUUUGGAGAAGGACCUCGAGUUUGUAUCGGUACACGAUUUGGCUAUAUGCAGACAAAAGUUGGUAUCUUAAAUUUCUUAUCAAAGUUCAAGGCUAAAUUGCAUCCCCAAACACCGGUGCCACUCAGUAUCGAUGCAGCGCCUGUUAUAUUAACGCCUAAAGGCGGUGUACAUCUUAUAAUUGAACCGCGAUAACACACUCUAAAGCCGCGGGUAAACUACGCAGAUCAAUUAUGUAACUAUUAAUACCAAGAAUAAAGAAAUUUUUAUCGAUUCCCCUCAGUGUUGCA